AUGCAUCUUCGAAACUUCAGCAUUUCUUGGAACAGACUAUUUGAGGUUCAGAAGGGCACUUUUCACAAAGCAUCAGAUCUUGAAAAUCUGGACAUUUCUAACAAUAAAGUACUCACCAUUGAUGUGAUCUCUAAUAUCUCUCAGGAUCUAAGGAAAUCAAGUAUAAAAACUUUAAAUUUCGAAAAGCUCCAAUGCACAUAUGGUGUUAGCCAGAUCUUAAAAAUAAACCACAUUGCAUAUUUGAAAAGUACCACAUUACUAGAACUAAAUUUAGCAUCAAAUAGAAUAAACAGUCUGGAAACAGGCGCUUUGGCUUUCCUACCGAAAUCUCUUCUUGUUCUAAAUUUGGCGGAUAAUGUGUUGAGCUUUGGCCUUUACAUCAUUGAGUUUGCAUCUUUACAAAGUUUAGAGAUCCUGAACGUCAGCUUUCAAUCUACUUUUCAUCAAAAUCUCAUGAGCGGUGAUGUCUUCGAAAAGUGCAAUGAUACACGGAGAAAUCCAAACUUGGAAGUGGAAUUGCAUGAAAUAGGGAAGCAUUACAAUAUGACAUCUUAUGAAGAUAAACUUUUUCCUAAAAUGGAUAAUUUUCUAAAAGGGAAUUUCAACUACACGGUUUACCUUCCUCCAAAUCUACGCAAAUUUUAUUAUCAUGACAAUUUAUAUAAAAUGAGUAUCCCCAAAUUUUCUCUUGGGUCUCAAACUAAAUUAACUCACGUAUUUGCACAACAAAAUAUCAUCUAUGAGGUAAUUGGACCAGUCACAGGUUUAGAAAGUAUUAAGUAUAUUGAUUUUUCUGGUAAUUUUUGUGGUUUUAUUUCAAAAUUGUUUUUAAAAUCGUUUUCAAAACUUGAAUAUCUGAAUUUGUCGAAUAAUGCAUUGGGCCAUGUUUUUGAAAAUGAUAAGAAUGGAGAAAUUUUAUCAGCACAAAGACAGUUAUUAACUCUUGAUUUGUCUAUAAAUAGAAUAUAUCGUUUUUCAGAAAAAGUUUUUUUGAAGAACAAAUAUCCUUUGAAGGAUAUUGAGCAUAUACUUGACAGAUUAGAGAAAACAUGUUCUUCGUACACAGUAACUACAGUUGUCAUGAUAUCACUGAUCAUUUCUGCCGUUACAGUAACAGUGAGUAGAAUUGUAUAUAGGUACAGAUGGAAGCUUCGAUAUAUGUACUUUGUCGCAAAAAACAAAUACAAAGAUGGAGACAAUUAUCAGCAGUUAAAAACUCAUAGUUCCUACCGCUUUGAUGCUUUCAUAUCAUAUGCAGAUGAAGACCGUCGAUUUGUUAUCAAACUUGUUGAAAAAGUUGAAAAAGAGUACAAUAUAAAGUUAUGUAUUCACCACAGAGAUUUUAUCCCAGGUACAGGAAUAAUGGACAACAUCACGAACGCUAUUCAUUGUAGCAGACGAACAGUCUGUGUUAUGACGACACACUUCUUAAAAUCAUACUGGUGCAUGUAUGAGUUAAACAUGGCGCGAAUGGAAGCCAUUUAUUCUCGCAACGGCAAUAAUGUUUUGUUUUUGAUAGUUCUGGAUAAGAAUAUCCUGAAAAGGAUUCCUCUACAUUUAAUGGACCUUGUUGAUAGCAAGUCGUACAUGGAAUACCCUGGAACGGAAAAGGACGUAGCACUUCUAGCAUUCAUAUCGAAACUUGGGGAGACAUUAAAAUCAAAGGACAAUGGUAUUUAA